AUGGGUUUUGUAACGAACCUUUCUGAUAAGGAUGCGAGAAAGGCGCUGGAAGAGUUGAACGAAAAUCCGGAAACGAGGGAUGAAAAAAUUCAAGAGUUGAGACGGCUUUGCCUCGAUUCCCCAAAAAUCCCUGAAGUCUGCAGAGAACGGCUAGACGACGUCUUUCUCGUCCGAUUCCUCCGUGUUUCAAAAUUCGAUCUCGAUCGAGCACUCAAUCGUCUGGAAAACUACUUCCAGCUGCAAAUCGACUGGCCGGAGAAUUUUGGCGACUUCCGAUUCGAAACGAUCAAACCAUUACUUGAAGCUGGAAUGAGCCAGUUGAUGAAGAAAAGAGGCGAAGACGGGAUGAGCACAAUUUGUUUCAGAGCAAAAGAGUGGGACUAUGAGAAAUAUCCGAUUAGCAUGGUUUACAGGGCGGCGACUUUUGUGUUUGAAUACUGUCUUCUAGAUGAAUCAUUCCAAAUAAACGGCUGCCGCGCUGUUGGAGACAUGUCUGGCCUAUCCUUCGCCUACAUGCGGCACAUGGAAAUCCGAAUCGUCAAAAUGUGGGCCCGGGCGCUUGAUAAAUGCCUUCCCGUCAGAACGAAGAGCAUGAUCAUCUUCAAUCAACCGUCGUUUAUCGUGAUGAUUUUCAAGAUCUUCCAAAUGGUCAUGUCCAAGAAAAUGAGGGAACGAAUGCAGAUGUUUGGCAAGAAUGAAGGAUCUGUCAGACAAAUUCUUCUUGAAAAUGUCGGCGAAGAAAGCCUUCCAGAAGACUUCGGCGGAACUGUAACUCAGGAAGAAGCGAAAAAGUUCCUUGAAGACAUAGAAGAGAAAGCACCGCAGAUUGAAAAAAGCUUUUCCUACCUUCAAAAGCUCUAUGAAAAGAGCGGCACUGAACUUUAA